CAUGAAUAAACAAUGUAGCCAUGGGUCUGACGGGGCGCCACCAUUUAAGGAGCAACAGUCCCCAGCCCAAAGACCUUCACCGUAUAAUCACUCGCAUGUUAGAUUCUUAGAGCAGCCUGAAGUCGCUAUCAUUGAGAGCUCUUGGGCAAGUAAGCGAAGAAACCGCGUCAAGAUGAUAAAGCAACUGUACGAGGUUUUUUCUAGCGCCGAAGUUACCGACCAUAUGCUCUCAGAAGCUGCGGAGCUUUUCAACGAGAAUUACGCGGUCUGGGGAAAGGGAUCACCAUUAUCAGGUAACCGUGUCUGCCUUAAUGCCCGGCGCUUGCGAGGGCAAUGUCUUCCCGAUGCUGCUAAAACUUGCUACGUUCGGGUGACCGUCGAUGGAACCCUUGCUGGCAAUGUAUUUGCUUGCCGCUGGAGCUACAAUGACAUGACUGUCUGUUGGAUUACUCAACUAGUUGUGGUAGAGGAAUACCGUGAGCGCGGGCUUGCAACUGGCCUUUUGAGAGCUAUUAGGGAGGGUACAGACGACGUUUACGGUAUCGCAAGCUCCCACCCGGCUGCGUGCCUGGCGGCUGCUACGGCUUUCGGAAGUAAAGUCUCGCUCGAAUUUAUUGCCGAGAACGCUUCUUCGAUCAUGGAAGCAUCGCCGAUAUCCUACAUUCGGGAUUCAGCUCUACGCGGCUCUCUCUUCGAUAACGAAGAUUCUACUGGGCUGGUUUCAGGUGUGGACACUAAAUUCUUCGUAGACCAUGGUGAGCCACUCGAAGUAUUAAACGAAGUCCGAGGGUUAUGGGACUGGCCACUUGGGGAAUUACUGGAUGGGCAUGAAUACCUUUUAAUCAUUCAGGGAAGACGUCGCCGGUCUAGGUCACGAUUACUGCCCAAGUCUGCUGGCGAAGAUGAUGUAUCCCGAGGCGACCUAUAG